AUGUCUUCUCAACCAAACAUAUCUGUCCCACUCAUCUUUGUUAUCUCUCUGCGGUGUUCCAGGCCAGCCAUUUUGGUCGCCGUGACCCUGUUCUGUGUGACAGCGCAAGGACAAGAGGUCAAGACAAGCUUAUCGUGGAACGAGUGGACGCCAUGGUCAGGGUGCUCCAAGACGUGCAACCAAGGUGUCCAAUACCGGAACCGGAAGUGUGUCAAUGAACGAGGAGAGCCGAGUCCGAACCCCAGUUACUGUAGUGGUCCAGGCAUGGAGUAUCGGCUGUGUCAGAUACAGAAAUGUGCGGGAAAGCAGGUUGACGAGCGUACCGCACAGUGUCGUAGAUACAACGGUCAGUUAGUGAGAGGUCGCCGCUACCAAUGGGACAAGCGCAUUGACCGUGUAUGUAAAGUGAUGAACCGUGAUGAUACUUUGUCAAAGAUUCAGCCAACUUUGGGUUUCCAGAACAGGUGUGAACUGUCAUGUCGUGCCAUCUACUACAACUUCCACUACAAGUUUGCUGACCGAGUUGAGGACGGUACACCAUGUGGGAGUGAUGAUUCCUCUGACGAAGUCUGUGUCCUGGGCCAGUGCCUGAAGGCGGGUUGUGAUGGUGUGGUCGGAUCUGGACUGGAGCGAGAUGGGUGUGGUGUGUGCGAUGGAGACAACACCUCGUGCAAGGUUAUAUCCGGAAUAUUUACUCGAACACAUCUUCCAAGUGGAUACAACUUGAUCACACAGAUCCCUGCAGGGGCCUGUAACAUCAGUAUCACAGAGAUGGGAAGGAGUAGGAACUACUUAGCCCUUCAAGUAACCAAUGGUAGAAACAUUAUAAACGGAGGUCGACGACUGAGCCAUCCUGGUAAAUACCUGGUCGCUGGUACGACCUUCACUUACAGUGCCCAUGAAGGUCGAGGAUGUCCAGGCCAGUGCUUCAGUGCACCGGGCCCUACAGACAAGUCAGUCGAUAUACAGGUCAAGGUCACUGUUACUAAAACUGAGGAACAAAUUAUCACACAAAACUCAAACUUUGUUUGUGGGUUUGUUUGCCAAGAGAAGAGGGAUAGGUCUACAUACCUCAACCCAUAUAAUCCAGAUUACCAUAAAACACCAGUAACCAGUGGUCAGUUUGACCCUUUUGACCCUAGUUACCGACAGCAGUUGUCGCAGACAGUGGGUCAGCAAUCUGGCAACUACCCGAGAAACGGUCAACCCUAUGUUGGUGACAUCAUCAGCAAUGAGGUUGUUCCCAAACUCUCUGCCCAGAACAUUCCUGACAGUGUUAACUACUACUGGAGGAUAGCUGGCUUCACUAACUGUACAGAACCCUGUGGGAGAGGAAAUCAACAGACCAAGGUGGUGUGUAUGAAGAGAAACACCAAUGUCAUUGUGACGAUAGACAACUGUGACCCCAACCUUCGUCCUGCCACCCAAACCAUCGCAUGUAACAUGAACAUUUGUCCACCAGCUUGGCACACCCAGAACUGGACAGACUGCAGUGUGACAUGUGGGGAGGGGAUGCAGACCAGAGAGGUAGUGUGCCGCCAGCGUGUGUCUGCCACUCACAUCGUCACGGUGGCCGCCUCCCGUUGUGGGGGUGAGGAACGCCCACAAUCAGCGCGGAGUUGUAAGGCCCCAGCAUGUGCUUCCUGGAAGGCUGAGGACUGGAGAGAUUGUUCAACCAACUGUGGGCGUGGUGAGAGGGUGCGGAAGGUGUACUGUGAGGGUAUAGAGGGGGGUGAAGCAGAGGAGCGUGUUUGUAAGGGUAUCAGGCCGGAGAAUAUCAGUACAUGUGACAUGGGAACCUGUGCCAGGGGAUGGUUCCAUACAAGGUGGUCCAAGGAGUGCUCUGCUGACUGUGGUAAGGGAUACUACUACCGUACUGUGUACUGCUCUGCAGAGGAUGGUACCCCACUUGAUGAGAAGAAAUGUUCUGGCAGCAAACCGAGAGAGAAGAAGAAGUGCAAAAACAAGAAACCUUGCGGAGGGAGCUGGUUUGAGGGUCCCUGGUCAGAGUGUUCAGCUACCUGUGGGGAGGGUGUUCGCCGUAGAGAUGUUGUCUGUAUAAAGAAAGUGGGAGAGCGUUUGUUUGCAUCAGUGAAGCCUGGCAAUUGUGAGAGUUCUGACAAACCAGUGACUGAGGAAUCGUGUGGACCACUGCCGGAGUGUCCUUCUGAGUGGUUCGUCACACAGUGGACACAGUGUUCUAAAAGCUGUGAAACUGGUACAAGAACAAGAGAAAUAAAAUGCUUGGAUCCAAAGCUCCAUCCAAACUCUGCAUGUCCUGUGGGUUCCCGACCAUCACGACGCUCCGCCUGUAAUAAACAGUCAUGUGAACUUCCACAGCUUGAUGAAGAUCCGAGUUGUAAAGACAAAAUAAAGAUAUGUAACCUUGUCGCCCAGGCAAGACUGUGCUCCUAUCCUUUCUACAGCGAAAAGUGCUGCAACACCUGUACUAUGUACCGUCACAAGCAGGGCCCUCAACACUCGAACCACGGCUGACACAGCGUUAUAUCAUAACCAUCAGAGGAUAGGGUGGAGAGAUGUAAGGGGACAAGGUGCACAUGUGAUGGAAGGGGUGUGGCUGGGGAGUCGUACAA